AUGAAUCAAAGUUAAACGAUUUCUACUCUUAAUACAUCCAUCUAAAAAGCAAAAUCUGAUUUCCAACAAAUCACUACUCAAAAUAGGUAUUUACAAAAUCUGAACAUAGAUCUCUCAUCUCAUAAAUGAAAAUAGACAAUUCUGAAUACACUGAUUAAUUAAUCAAUUAAAAAUAAAAAAAUACUGUUGUAGAUACUUAAUUAGCAUUAAAUGUAAUUAAAGCUUAAGAAGAAUGUGCUUUAAUUGCUCAAAAAAUUGAAAUAGAAACUAAAAAAAGGGUAUUAUAUUACUUCAUCAUAUUAGUAAGACUUAGAAAAUCUAGUAAAUGCAAUGAAAAAUAGUGCAAAAGACAUCUCAAAAAUAGAAAAUACAAAUUCAGGAAGUGAGUUGACUUAAGUUUAAAAAGUAAUAUCAGUUUUUAGUAUGAUAGGCUGUUCGAGAUGCAGAAUUGAAACUGUAAUAAAUUCACAUUAAGCACAAUGAAUAAUUAGCAGAAGUAGAAGCAGAAAAAGAAUAAUUGAAUCUUAGUAGAAGGGAGAGAGUUAUUUAUUCAACAGUCUUUAAAGGAAUUGAAAAAGAUGCUAUUUUUAAAUAAAGAGAAUAUUAAAAUUGUAUAAGAUAAAAUGAAUUGCUUAAAGAAGAGGUAAUUUAUAAUAUUAUGAAUUAUAGUAAAAAUUUCUUUAAGACUAAUUAAAACUAAUUAAAGAAUUAGCAGAUAAAGAAUAAAAUAAAUUCUAGGAAGAUUAUGCAGCAUUAUUCAAACCAUAAAAGGAUGAUCAAUAAGAACAAUAAAGUAUGGCUUCAGAUCAAAAAUCACAGGCUUAAGGACCUUAUUUAACAGAAUAAGGGGAUCAGUCAAAACCAAUAUUAAAAGAAAGAAGUGAAUCAUAAUAAGAAUAAAAAGAUGUAGCUUAAUAAGUUCUUGAAUAUGAGGCAUAAUUUAAUAAGCUUUAUUUAGAAACAGGAUUUAACAAUGUUGAAGCUAUUUUAAAAUAAUAUUAUAAUUAAGAAAUUUGGAUUGAUGACAUCUAUAGAGAAAUAAAUGAAAUCAAUUAAGAGGUUAUAAUAUAAUUAACUAUUUUAGAUAGAAUAAACUGAAUAGAAAAAUGAGAAAAUUUAAUAGUAUUUGCAAAAGUUUAAAUAAAUGGCAAAAGCACCUAUUAAAGAAUAGGCAAAUUUAGAAGAUUCAAAAAUUGAAAGAAUUUCUAGAGGCAUUGAUUAAAAUAAAAAACAAAUAGCUUAAAUCUAAUAAUAAUAUAAGAAAAUUUAAGAAUAAAUAGGUGUUGAAAUUAUUAAUGAUGAUGAUGAUGAAACAACACUUUUACCUAAAAUUGAAUAACUAGAAUAGAUAAUAGAUAAUAUAUUAUUAGUUUCUAAUCAAUAUAUUCCGAAAUAAGAUCAAAAAAAAUAGAAAAAAGGAACAGUUAAAUUUGAUGAUGAUAAAAGUGAAAUAUCUGGUACUAAAUAACAUACAGAAUUAAAAUCCUAAUCUGAUCAUCAAAAUGAUUUAGAUAAUAUGUUGACUGAAGGUAGAUAAAAUUUGUAAAUUUUUAGUUGAGAAGAAAAAGACAUUAGCUGAAUCUAGACAUACUAAAGAAGAAUUGUAGAAAGAGAGUGCUGAUUAAAUGGUAAUAAAUUAAAAUAAAAAAUAAAAUUCUAAAAGAUCAAAGCAUUAAUAAUAAUCAUAAUAUUGA